AGUCGACGAAACAAACGAUAAGUUCUACAGAGUUUGCAAAUCAACGAUCGAUGAAAUGAAAAGCGAAACCCAAUUAAUGAUUUCAAUCGGCGGCGGUUUUCACGCCACGGCUUUAACAGAGAAUAAUCGUAAACAGUUUGCCGACUCUGCCCUUCAAAUUGUCCGCAAAUAUAGUUUGGAUGGCAUUGAUAUCGACUGGGAGUUCCCCGCCUGGGGUACUGCCCAUCAUAACGAUAAACACACAUUCACUCUACUUCUUAAGGAAAUGAGAGAAACAUUUGAUUCGUAUUCACGACAAUCAAUGGGCAAAGAGAUACUGUUGAGUGCGGCGGUGGCGGCACAGUAUACCAUCAUUGAGCGCGCAUACAGUGCACCACAACUCAUAAAAUACGUAAACUUCUUGAAUCUCAUGACUUACGACUACAACCUAUUCCAGUGGUACUGGCCUUUCGUCGGCCACAACAGUCCUCUCUCUGGCCCGCAAUGGCGUGUCUUCACUAUAUUCAACACAUUCAACAUGCAGUGGUCGGCCAACUAUUGGCACCGAUUGGGUGUCGACAAGAGUAAGAUAGCGGUCGGCGUUCCCACGUAUGGCCGACGGUUCCGAUUGGCUCUUCCGUGGUUCACAGCGCCCGGCAGUCCCGCCCUCAGCACCAGUCAAGACAUGACUUAUUCGCAAAUCUGUGAGUUCUUGAGGGCCGACGGGACGACCGCUGCGUUUGAUCGGCAAUCGGGCGCUCCGUUCGCCUACGGAAACAACCAUUGGCUCACUUAUGAGUCCACACAAAGUGCGGCACAAAAGGCCAAAUGGAUUCGCGACGAGGGCUUCGGCGGUGUCAUGACAUUCAGUCUCAACGCCGACGACUUCCGCGGUCAGUGUCCAGACAGUCGCCAGUUUGCCAUCCAUUCGGCCAUCAAAGACGCCCUCCAAUCCUAACCACACAACCAAUCCAUACCUC